CCCGUGCUCCUCCAGGGGCCGACCUGCGCGGGGAAGACGACGCUCGUCGAGUACGUCGCCGCGCGCCUCGGCGUCGUCUGCGCGCGCGUCAACAACCACGAGCACACGGACGUCGCGGAGUACGUCGGCCGCUUCGCGCCCGAGCCCGACGGGUCCAUCGGCUGGCGCGACGGCGCGCUGACGGCGGCGCUGCGCCGCGGCGAGUGGCUCCUCCUCGACGAGCUGAACCUCGCGCCGCCGGACGUGCUCGAGGCGCUGAACCGGCUCCUCGACGACAACCGCGAGCUCCGGAUCCCCGAGACGGGCGAGGUCGUGAGGCCCGCGCCGGGCUUCGCGCUCUUCGCGACGCAGAACCCCGCGGGCGUCUGCGCCGCGUCGGGCGCGACCUACGGCGGGCGCAAGCCCCUGUCGCGCGCGUUCCGCGACCGCUUCGUCGAGAUCCACGUCGACGAGCUCUCGAGCGGCGAGCUCGCGGACGUCGUCGCGCGCGUCGGCGGCGUCGCGCCGAGCCUCGCGGCGCGCCUCGUCGACGCCCACGGGCGGCUCCGGCGGCUC